AUGCUUCGAUGCGGCAGUUGUAAAUGCGUGUGUUACAACACCCCCAAUUACGUAAGCUCAGAAGAAGAAGAAAAAGACAACGAUGUCUUCCCGAUCUUAACUCAAAUUCCUGAGGACACCAUUGAGGAUGAUAACGACCCCAAAACGCAAGUUUCUAAAUCUAACAUUGAUGGUGAAGGUGCUGGUACUGAAGAUGGUACUGCUGCUGGUGCUGGUGCUGCUGCUGCUGAAAAGGAAGAUCCGCGACCCAACAAGAUGCUUAGAUCCACCAUUGUUAACUCUCUUGCUAAACGAGCAUCUAAAAACAUUGAGAACGUUGUUGCUGUUGCCGAUAAAGAAGUUCAAGAAUUAAAGGACGAAAUUGAAGAAUUUCGCAGGGACUACGAUGAUGUAAUAUCUAGCAGCGACCUGAGGACCUUACGCACCAUAAAAAAACUGUUGACAGUAGGAACAGUACUGACGCCAGGAGACUACAGAGCCUUACGUCCCAUCAGGGGGCAAUUCAUGUGGGGAGCCUUUAACCUAAUGCAACGCUAUCGCUUUUUGCGCGAAAACUUGACAAAAAUCAUAAAAUUAUUAUUGAAGAUGAUGACGACAUUUACGGUACGAGUUACAGAUUAA